AUGGAUCAAUACUUUACAAAUCCAAUGCCUCUUCAAAGGAGGCUAACUAAAAUCUAUACCGAUACCAAAAAUAUUUAUGAUUUCAUCAAAGAGCCCGUCAGGAAUGUCGAAGAUCAUGAACUUCAAUCAUUACAUCGAAAAUUACGUAUUCAACAAAGUCGUUUGGUCUCGUGGGGAUUGGAAUGGUCGGAUCCUUCACAGUCACCUGAUAUCGAUGAAUCAGUAUCAAAAGCUGGAUUAUCUGAAAUUGUCGGAAAUGUUAUGUCAACGAUCAAGGAAAUUUUGGCCGAAGCUGAACCUUUAUGGCAAUCUUCCAAAAGGUUGACAUCGGACGAGAGACCAUCCGAGAAAUCGGAAAAGAGUGCUUUAAUUCAGUGGGAUAAAACGAGGUUUGAGGAUUUGAUUCGAGAUUUAACCAUGUCUAUUGAUACUUUAUAUGAUCUAUCAAAAACACGUCAAUCAGCAAGGACGGGACUACAAACCUCGGAAGCUUCAAGCUCCAAAGAUGACUCGUCAGGAUUCGAGGAGAGACAAUUUGAAUCAACUAGAAUGUCAGCACCACAGCAAAUAGAUCCAGCAACAUUGAUCUGGACCGGGAAUCAAAUCAUUGCUACUCGUGGUACCUCAAGAUCAAUAUCAAACAACACAUUAAGACAGAUAGUUUUGAUGAGGAGAUCGGGCAAUUCUUCGGAUUUGAGGCAAGCCAUUGAUCAACCUCCUGAUCCGAUUCCGGUCUUGGUCGAGUAUGCCCCUUAUGACCCUAUCUAUUCGGUGACCGGAAUCACUCCAUCUAUGACUCGAUUCGAGAAACUUUUUGCUGGACUUUCACAGGCCUAUUAUUCAUCAGAUCGGUUACUCGUCGGAUUACUUCGUCUCAUUGGAUAUUACGAAGAUGCAGAGCAUUCGAGAUUUUGUCUAUUAUUUGCUUUACCAACAAAUUUUGGACCGAUGGACAUUCAAAGCCCAACUUUACAGAUGCCCAUCAUAAGUUCCUUGUCUGAGCUUCUAAUAAGUCCUGCGUUCGAACCCAACCUAGAGGUCAAGUACAGGUUGGCCUACAACAUAGCCAAUGCUGUGUUUGAUCUACACUCGAAAGGCAUUGUUCAUGGCAAUCUACUCCCUUCCAAUGUUCUCUUCAUCGAACAUCCUACCCCACCACGCGCUUUUGAUUUGACACAGGUUAAUAUGCGGCAAUCAUAUCUAGGCUCCUAUGAUUUAUUUUCGGAUACAGCUACGGAUUCCGGUCCAAGUUUUGACUCUGCCAGUAUGUUGUACAAGCAUCCACUGGAUCCGAGAAGUACGAAAUAUACCAAUCUAUCUCAAGAAAGUAAAUCCUUGGAUUUAUACAGUCUUGCGAUGAUUCUUCUUGAAAUUGGUCUAUGGAGUUCUUUAUCCGAACUCUUUCCAAGGGCAUCUCAAGUCCCUUCAAACCCUACCGAGGUUCUCAAACGUCUCGCAUCUAGAUGUGGAAACAUCUAUGUCAAAGCAGUGAAAGCAUGUUUGAGUGCUCCUGAAGGAGAACUUUCACGAAAAGCAAGACCAGAUGUUAUGCAUCAAAAAGUCUUUUGGCGUGUAUCGAAAGCACUCAAUACUUGUUGUUCACUUGACGAUGUUUCAGAUGAUGACAGUGAAAGAAGUGAUGAGCCAUCACUUGUACCUACACCUGUGAAGAUUGAAGCCCCAUCUUCAUCUAUCAAGGGCUAUCGUGAACGAAGGGAUGCAAAGAUUGACAUUACUGCUCCUCAAGAACCAGAAAUCAAUUGGGGUGAGAAACCGAUCCGUGAAAAAUCGCCUCAAAAAGCUACUGUUGAGUGGCCAGAAAAGAAAUCUUCUGGUGAGUUGACACCCAUUCAAGGACCCUUUCAUGUAAUUUUUUUGUCUAACUACUCCGUCUCAGCCAUUGAACCUAUCAAGUCGAAACCCAAGCUCAAGACAUUCCCCGCCAUUCGGAUUAGUCAGGAACACAUUAAUUUGUGGCAUAAAAAUAUCAUGCCACAUGUCAACCACGUUCUUCGAAGUUUUUAUAAAAAAUAUCCCGAAUCAGUCGAAAUUUCUCUCGAAUCAGUUGGUGAAUCAUCCACGAAAACGAAACCUACCAUUCUCGUCAUAUGUACAAGUGUCAAUAAGGUUCGAAGUAUACUGAAGAAGAGUCUUGUUUAUGACAAAGCUACAUAUGGCUUGAAAGUUUGUCGUGGAAAGGUUGUAAGAGCAAGAAAUGGUGGUGUAAAGAGAAGUAUGGCACAUGGUGAUGAACUUGAAGCGAAGAACACUGAACAUCAAGCACGUCCUAAGAAUGGUGCUAGUAUGGGGGCAUAUAUCAAUGAUCAUCAUCUUCCACCUGUUUCCUUUGGAGGUCUCGUUACAGUCGAUGACAAACCUUAUGGAAUGUCUGUUCAUCACAUGUUGGAUGAUCCUUCUGACAACGAUGAUGAAGAACAAGUUCAACCAUCAAAACCAAUUCUCCGCUCUUCAGCUCGUCCUCAAGCCCAUCCUCAAUAUCUUGAAAUGCCAGAUUUAACGCACUCGGAUACAUCCUACUACUCGAGCGGUGAUGAAGAAUACAAUUAUAGUUUUACAGAUUAUUCAUCUUCCGGCUCAUCAUUCGAUUCUGAUUCAUCUCCUUAUGCAUCAGAAGAUGAGGAUGAUUCCGAUGGCGAGUUCCCUACUCUCGAACCAGGAGAUAUCCCUCCUAUUCCAGUCUCUUCAUCAAACGUCCACAACUAUCCAGUCACCCAACCAGCUAUCGAUGACAUUGAUCCAAAUUUUUAUCCUGAUCCCGAAACUAGAGACGAGGAUCAUUUGGAUUCAUUUUUACUGGGUAGUGUUUAUACGAGUUCCGGAAUUCGUCGAUUAGCUCAUGAAAAUAUAACCCAUGAAAUAGAUUGGUGUCUUUUCGAAUUUGAAGAAGAUCGUCUACCAGAUCUUUCUUCCUCGAUGUCUCUGAUAACACAACCGACAGGCGUGGUACCUUUAACAGAUCUUCCAGAUCUACCAGUGAAAUGUACAGCUAGAACAAGUGGCACACAAACCGGACGAAUACUUCCUUCAAUGUCCAUUCUCAAAAUUUAUGGUCGAAAAACUCCUUCCAUGAGUUGGCAAGUCGCGGGUAAAAUUGGGGUUCCAGGUGAUAGUGGAGCGUGGGUUUUGGAACGAGGAGAUGAUAUCAGUACAGGACCAGGCAAUAAUAGUGGUAGAAUUGCUGGUAGUGUAUUGGCAUGGAGUCAGCGCAGAAACGUCGGAUAUAUUUGUCCCAUGUGGAUUAGUGUCUUGGAUAUGGCAAAUUUGUUGAAUUGUGAAAAUAUUGGAUUACCAGGUGUUGAAAUACCUAUCUGGAGUAAGGUUUCUGCAAGAAAAGAAAGAGAUACUGUCUCGCCUAUCCUUAAAAAAGCCUUUAGCUUUACGAGUGACAGGAAUAUUGGUGGAUGGGAUAGUGAAGAUGAAAUGCAUAGUUUGGGACACAAUAAACCUCAAAGUGGAAGUUAUCCGGUGGUCAUCGAUGAUGAUCUUGCGGAUGACGAAGAUGAAUUAUCGGGGGUUUUAGGAAAUGUGAAACAUGUGGGAUCGGAUCAUGAGUAUAAAUUUGCAGAUCAUGAUGAGUAUGAUGAUGAUGAUGAAUCUUAUGAUGAGGAAGAAGAGAGGGAAUAUUGGAGUCGAUUUAAAGCCGCAAGUGUUAGUCCGGAACGUGUAAAGGGAAAAGGUGCAGAUGAUGAGCAUGAAUAUCGACAUGAGCUUGCGGGUGACGAGCACCAAUAUCGAAAUGAGUUUGCAAAUAAUGAGCAUCAAUAUCGAAAUGAGUUUGCGAAUGAAUGUGAUCCGAAUCCUCAAGGGAUUGAAUAUCAACAUUCGCAUGAAAAAGAAGUUUUGAUCUCAAGCGAAGAAGAACCAGAACUCUUGGCAACACUCGGUCAACCUUCUCGAAGAGGAAGAGGAUUUGGAGUCAGAACUUUUAGCGGUGAUAAGAGUUUGGAAAUCGAUAUGAUGGUGGGAGGACUCAAAGGUCUGAGUAUUGAUGGGAAUACAAUGCCGGGGAAAAAUACAGUUUUUAGUAUGGAUGGAAGUGCGAUUGGAGAUUUUACGGUUGGCGGAGCGGGAGAAUUUGAUGUCGGGGGUAGUGGACAGAGGAGGGAAACGAGGAGUAGAGGGAGUGGGAGCGCGCAUUCGGGAACGGGGAGUUUGGGAAGUUUAAAUGGGAUGGUGCAGGGUGGGGGGAAUAGACAACGGGUUGGGGUUAGGAGUUAG